AUGCCAGAUAGAAGAAGAUCAUUAAGUCCUAAUACCGAGACAUCUUUUAAUCAAAACCCAACUGAAUCAUCGAAUAAAUUAUCCAAUGGUUCUUUGAAACUCAAACCUUCAACUACUGCAACGGCAAAUGCUUCUUCUAUAUUCAAUCAAUCUUCAACAUAUUCUCCACGUGGAAGAAAACCUGAGCGAAUUGAUAACGAUAUAGAUUUAGAUGGACCAUUGUUAACAAAUUUUGAAUCAUCAGAUAAAAGAAAACGUUUGUCCAUUCAAGGACACCCUCCAGCAUCAGGAAUACCACGAUCAUCAGUUUUUAACUCGUCAUCAUUACCACAGAAUAAGUUAAGAUCUUAUCUGAUUAUAUGUAACGAUUUGAAAACCAGUGAAGAGGAAUUAAAUAAUGAUUUAGAAGUUCGAGUGACAACAAAAGACAAUUAUAGUAGAUCAAUUGGAACUAGUGACGUUGAAGAUUUCUCAAUGAGUCGUGAUGUCUCACCAUUUGUGAAUUUACCAACUGCACCCAAUUCCGAUAUUAUUACCGGUGCAACAAGGUUUAAUGAAAAUGAAGAUGAUGAUUAUGACGACAAAGUUAGUGAUGGAAGUAGUGUUGUGUAUAAUGAAGGGGCAUUAGUAGUGCAGAAAGAAUUCGGAUCAUUGUAUCAAGAUGAGGAUGGAAAUCUUGUGCGUCCUCCAUUUAUCAAUUUAGAUCCUCGUGAAAGAUAUCAAUUGUUACAGUUGAAGCGAUCUAUUGAAUUAUCGGAAUCCUUACAGAAGCGGAUAAAGUAUAUGAUCAAUCCUAAUGAAACUACUAGUAAGCGAAUUCCAGGAACCAAUAAAGUGGAAAUUUCAACUCAAACACAUGAUUUUAAUUAUUUGCUGACGAAAUUGAAUUUCAAAAAAAGAUCACCACCAUCGUCAUUUGAUAGAAGUGAAAUAUCUCGACCUAAGAAAAAACCGAAAAGAAAAGGAUUUGCCAUGAAAGAGUUUUUGUAUGAUGUUAACGAAGAGAAACCAGUUUCCUCAACAUCAUCUUUUAAUGGUGCUUUAGGAAGCAUCACUAAACCAAAAUUCAAUUCUCACCCAAAAACACAAGACAAAUCAAUGACACAAAUAAUACCUCGUGAAGAUGAGGAACCAAGUUUCAAAACUUUUGGUAAUAAAACUGGUCGUGAUCGUGAAACCUUUGGGUUGAACAAUAAUGCAAAAUUAACACUAGAUCCAGAAUAUUUGGAAAAAACCAGUUCGAGUUCUAUAGCUGAUAUAAUAAAACUAAAAGAACCAGAUGUUGUGGAAAAUUCUAAACUAAAUAAACCAACUACUGGUCCAUCAUCUGGGUUCAAGUUUGAUAUCAAGAAAAAUGAUUUUGAGAGUAUUAUUAAUGAUCGGAAACAAAACCAAGAAUUAUUGGCAAAAUCCAAAUUGGCCAAAGAAACUGUCCCAGAAAGUGUGAAAAGUACAGAACCAAAUCAAAGUGCAAAAACUGGUUUAUUUGGUUCCAAACAUGUAUCAUCAGAAGAAGCUCCUAAAAAGAAAAGAAACUUUUCUGAUUCUGAAAAGGAGGACAAACCUUCAGUACCAUCCUCAGUACCAUCCUUCCUGUUUGGGUCUACAAAUACUUCAAAACCAGCAACACCUUCACUUUUUGGUAAUAAGGAAAAUGGUUCAACAACACCUUCGUUGUUUAGUAUAACUAACUCGAAGUCUAAUGAUGCAAAGGAUGCAACUUCGACGACAAAACCUUUAUUUGGCAAAUCUUCAACUGAACCUGAAUCUAAUUCCGAAAAACCAAAAUUUACAUUCGGUGCACCACCUUCUUCAAACAAGCCAAGUUUUACCUUUGGCAAGUCUUUGGAUUCUGCCGAAAAGCAAACAACAGCAGAUUCUAAGCCAAGUCUAUUUGGUAAUACCUUCAAGGCUACUGACAAAGCUGAGUCUUCAACCACAUCUAAACCAUUAUUUUCCUUUGGAUCUAACAAUACAACGACUACACCAAUUUCGUCGAACGGUAGUGAGAAGAAAGAUGCUACUCCUUCAAGUACACCUUUUGCGUUUGAUAAACCUGAUACCACUAAAGAUGAAGCUAAACCUCAGGAGACCACUUCAUUGUUUGGUGGCAAAUCUAAAAGUGGCACUACAACUCCUUUCACAUUUGGACAAAAAGAUGAUAAAGCUACUAGUGAUUCUAAGGAAGAAGACAAAUUGACAUCAACAACAAAACCUGCCAGUACAGGGUUUAUUUUUGGGGCACCUCCUAAGGCUACUGAAAGUAGUGUUGAAUCUAAGGGAGAAACAAAUAGUGAUGCUGCUUCAGCCACAACUGCAACAACAACAAGUACAACAACGACCCCGUUUAAGUUUGGUAUUACUAAUAAAGCAAGCACAGAAUCAGAUGAAAAGAAAGCCGAAGAGUCAGCAACCAAGAAAUUUAAUUUUGUAACACCAUCAACAGAUAAACCGUCCACUCCAUUCUCAUUUCCAAGUGCCAAUGGCAGCAGUACUUCAAAACCGGCAUUUAGUUUGGGUGGUAUUGGAACCACUGAUGAUAAAGAGAAGAAGGAAACGUCGAGUUCACCAGCUGUUACACAAUCUACAUCUGCUGCACCUCUUACAACGUCAGCAUUUUCUUUUAGUGCUAAGAAACCAGAUUCUCCAGCCACUUCUUCAACAGGCGCUGAUGCUGCUAAAUCUCUGACCGGUAGUGGUUUCAAAUUUGCCGCGGGAGUGACUCCACCAUCACAAACUGUCAGUAAUAAACCGCCAUCAAUAUUCAAUUUUGGUGCUGCAUCCCAACCUCCAACUACAUCUGUGUUUGGAGGGUUUGGACAACCUUCACAACCACCCAGUUCAUCUGGUGGGAUAUUCGGUGGUAAGAGUCCGUUUGGUCAAAGUACAAAUAAUGCAUUUAAUCAAAAUAGUAAUACCAGUGGAAUAUUUGGUAAUAAGACUGGCACAACACCAAGUACUAAUGCGUUUGGUGGAAUGAAUAACCCAAGCUCUACUUCUACACCAGCUACAAGUAAUGUCUUUGGCGGUGCUAGUACUGGUGCUGGUGUUCCAACGACAAAUGUAUUUGGAAGCCGACCAACAACACCUGCAUUCAACUUUGGUGGGUCAGCUCCUACUGUUGCUCCUGGUGGGUUUGGUGCAGCUGGUACUAAACCUCCACUGUUUAAUUUCGCUGGUAGUAAAGAAUCGACUCCUGAUCCAGCUAGUCUAUUUGGUCAACAGAAUAGAAGUGGUACAUCUACGCCUUUUAGUAGUGGUGGGGUGGGUGCACCUAAUAAUGUUUUCGGACAACCUGGACAACCUGGACAACAACCAGGGCUAUUUGGUGGCGCUUCUAAUAAUAAUUCAUUUACAUUUGGUGGUGCCCCUAGUAUGCCUGGAGCUACUGGUACUCCUGCUCCUCCUGUUGCUGCCCCCGGUGGUAUGAACAUGCCAGUGGUGACACCAGUUCCUAAUCCUCGUAGAAUUCUUCAACCUAGAUCAAGAAGAAGGUAG